AUGUAUCAUGAUCUGAGUCAGCAUUUGGUGGUUUGGGAUGAAGAGGGGUAUUUCAGACUUUGUUUCGAGGUGUUUGACUUGCAGCAGGUAAAAUGUGAGCACCAGUGGCCUGGGGAUCGAGGUUCACUAUUUACUUCUCACUUCUGGAAGGCAUUACAGCAUGGUCUGGGUAAUCAAUUAGAUAUGAAUACUGCUUUUCACCCUCAGACAGAUGGUCAGUCCGAGCAGACGAUUCAGGUGUUGGAAGACAUGCUACGAACAUGGCCUCAUUUGAGGGGUUGUAUGGCAGACGGUGUAGAUCUCCGAUUGGUUGGUUUGAUUCGGCGGAGAUGGACUCUUUUAGAUACCGACUUGCUUAGAGAUGCUAUGGAACAAGUCCGUAUGAUUCAGUAUAGACUGUUGACAGCCCAAAGUCGACAGAAGAGUUAUGCAGACUGGAGAUUUAGAGCCUUAGUGUUUAUGGAGGGAGAGGUAGCCUAUAAGUUGGCCUUACCUCCUAGUUUGUCGGCAGUUCAUCCUGUUUUCCAUGUCUCCAUGCUUCGAAAGUAUAUUCUGGAUGAAUCUCAUGUACUUUCAUUCAAUUUUGCGGAGUUGGGUCCCAACUUGACAUAUGAGGAGGAGCCUAUAGCUAUAUUAGAUAGGAAAGUACGAAAGCUUAGGACUAAGGAGAUUGCUUCAGUGAAGGUGCAGUGGAAGCACCGUUCAGUAGGGGAAGCAACUUGGGAGACAGAGUCUGACAUGCGUGCCAAAUACCCUCAUCUUUUUUUAAGCUUCAGGUUACGAGCCCGGAUAUUGGUGAUAUCUUCCAUUCUCUUCUUUUCUGAGGAACCUUGUGGAGAAUUGUGA